AAAGGGACAUUCAAACAAAUUUUAUUUGGUGCAUGCUAUUUUAUGGUUUUCAUCAUAACCAGUUUAGGUUUAUCUCUGAGUCACAAAGAUGACCAUCAGCAGCAGAAGGGCUGUGGGGAGAUGCUGAAAAGUAAGCUAUAGCUGAGCCAUGGGACUAGUCCAUGAAUCUUCAUAUACCACAUUCAAAAGCCCUUUACUGAUGGGCCCAAUUACCUGCUGAGCAGGUCCUUUCCCCUUGUUAAGCAUUUCCAGCAGGAUGAACAAAAUCUUCACUUAAUCUUCUUUAAAGGGUCCUGAAUGUACUUAGGCUGCUGAUCUGGGAAGAAAAUUGCCUUAAAAAGGCACCAUUUUCCAAUACAGAAAUUAGAGUACCUUCUUAUGUACACACCUCCUUUUCCUAUGUGACUUAAUUUACCUUUGGGUAUUAUUUCUCUUACUAAAACAUUUUCACUGCUUGAUUAAUUCUGCCAGCAGGAGUCAAGUGCUAACCUUCCUGCUGGGAUAUUAAAGUAAUUCUUCCUGCUUUAAUGCAUGUCAAAAAUAACUAAAUCCUCAAAAUAUUUUAACCUUUAUCAAAUUACGUUUUAUUCCAUUAAUCCGACAGGAGUAUGUGAAUGGGAACGUAAAUAAGAGGGAGGAGACAUUUCACCACUUAAGCAUAAACUUGAGAUUCUGGGGUCAAAGGGCUGCUCAGCUAGCCAUCAGGAGCCAAGUCUAUUAAGUUGAACUCAUUGCAAAUGGUUAAUGUGUAGCCCACAAGCCAUCUUAAUUCAAGGGCCAUUGCAUAACAGUAUCACUGUUAUGUAUACUUCAGCGGCAUCUAAGAACUGCAGGUAGGGACCAAGAUGCCACCGGAUGAAGUUCUCACACAGUGCUUACUUACCCUAGAAUAUUUGUGUUAGUCUACUGGGUUGAUUUAGAUAUACUUUACACUUUACUUUAGAACCAAGAAUAUCAAGGCACUUAAACUGGGCCACAUUUUCAAAUGUGUACUCAAUGUACAGAAUACUUGCGUGAGUCUGGCCUCUUGUUUUGGUCCCUAAGGGCCCUGUUUCCUUGCAGUGUGACAUACAGCAACAGUCAAACAUCAAGUAGAUGACUUCCCUUAUACCUUUCAGCUGCAGUAUACAGAGUGCUGUAAGCCUCUCAUUAAAUCCAAAUUCACCCCAAAUAUUUUUUCUAUUACAAAAAAAACCAAACAAACUACGAGCAUUGAAAGAAAAAAUGAGGAUUUUUCCCCAGGAAAGAGCAGUUAGCUUGAUUCGAUUCAGAGCCUCUUAAAAUUAAGACCUUCAGUUCUUUUAGUGAAAACUGUCAGCUGAAUUUAACAGUUUCACCGGAGGUGUUCUAAUUAUGUGCUUUACUUCUGGUACGUACAGCAGAUUUAAGAACAAAAUUGCAGUCCACAUAAGAGAGAAUUUGCUUAAGUCACCUGCUGGGAAAACUUUGGUAUUAGGGGGAUUAGAAAUGCAUGUAUAUAAAAAAGCAAGAUGACAGGCACAAUACACAGGACAUUUGCCAGAGAAGAAGAGGUGGAAUCGUUCAUCCAGCAGGUAAUGUACUUGAACAGAACAUGCAUUACGCUUUGCUUGUUCAGUGUUUCUAGGUACCUGACAGAGAGAGGCCACAGGGCAUUUUAAAAGGCUCGGUGUAUUAGAAACUAUAUGCUUCGAUUUAAUACAGUAUUCACCACUUUUAUUCAAGCCUGUAUGCUGUCAUGGUUACACUUAUAUUUUGCUCUAUGACAGAAUGCAGAAGACUAGGAAGGUCUUUGUAAGUCUCCUUCUGCUUAUCCUGUCUGUGGAUAUCUGCCUGGCUCAGCAUUGGUCAUAUGGCUUGCAACCAGGAGGAAAGAGGAAUGCUGAAAACCUUGUUGAGUCAUUCCAAGAGAUGGCAAGUGACAUGGAAAAAAUUGGAGAAAUGCAGCAGUUUGAAUGCAGCAGUGGCCCCCAUCAGCCCUCCAAGCUCAGUGAUCUGAAGGAAGCUCUGAAAAAACAAUCACCUGAAGAGGAUGUUGUGAGGAUAAAUACAUUGUUCACAUACUACAAUGGUGGGAGCCAAAAGAAUGCUAAAUAUGUGCGCCAUUUUCCAUACAGAUAUUUCAAGCAAGUCUGACUGAAGGAGAAACUGGACGAAAGAAGACUUAAAUCUACAAAGCCAAACAGAACAAAGGGUCCAUUAAAGUCACAUGUCAAAGCAAUGCUUUAAAUCUGAGUUCUAACCUCUGCUUAGAUUACAUCACAUCCCUAUGUGUUCGAAUACAAAAAAGCCACAUUUUGAUGUUGGAAAAUACUUUAGUAUAGAAUAUUAGGCUUUUGCACAAAAGGAAUCAUGCUACAGGCCAAUGAAGAGAGACUGGAUUGACACUCGCAAGACCUGGCUUCUAUUUCUGGCUCUGCCACUGACCUGCAUUGCGAUCCUGGAUAAGUUGCUUCACCUUGGCUUUUGUUUCACAACACCUAGCAAAAUGGGGCCCUGCUCUUGGCUGUGGGCUCUGGAUGCUACUGUAAUAAAAAUAAAACAAAAACCAAAUAAAAGGCUACCUGCUAUUCAGUAACAUGGAAUUUCAUUUUGCAUGUCAACAGUCCACACAGAAGAUAUGUUUGCUGGUUCAUCCAUAAAAACUACAUUUAUUUAAAAAAACAAACAAACCAACAUAUUUACAAACUUUACAACAGUUAAUACAAUGUUUUAAAAACACAGACAUUUAUACACCUUGCUUUACAGUGUUUGUAAAUCAUAUGCUUUUUCACUUUGAGGGGAUGCAACAUCCCUUUUCCAAAGCUUAGCUCUGACUCUUUCUUCAGAGCCAAUUUAAAAAGCUGCGUUUAUUGCUGAUUUGCCUAUGAAGGAAUAACAAAACAUCCUGCAGCCUGUAGUGGUUUUAAAACCAAGUCAUUAUGUCAAGAAUCACAAAGGAAUCAAAAUGUUCAUACUGGCAAAGAAUAUAUAUAUUCAGUAGACUUACCAAGCCAUGUGUCUAUAGAGCAAUAGCUUGGUAACUCUCCUGAAUUCAAGAGGGAUAUAUCCCCAGGUCAUGGCAUUAAACGUUUAAUACCAAUAGCAUCAGUUAAUGCAACCUAGUACCUAUUUUUAGAGCUGCUGAGUACAUACAGCUUUGUUUGAAAGCAACAAACUGCAGAUAGAUGGCCAGCAUCCCUGUAAGAGAAGUCAGAAGUACAUAUGUACACCUCCUCCCCCCAAUCUAAUUCCAAUUACUUAAAGGUAAUCUUUCCACUGACUGAAAUGGAAGAUUGCUAGGUCAACAGCACACACCUUAAUAUCACGUGACAUUACUUUUUGUGAUGGGGUUCUCCAAAGCACAUAUCGUUCCUAGUGGGAUAUGUUCUUUAAUUCCAGAGGUAGUUAUUUAUUACACUAGAAGUCAGUGGGAUUUUCAUGGAAAUAGAAUUAAGCCAUCAUUGUGUAUUUUUGAAAAUCCCACCUCUUCAAUGUCAUGAGAACCAUGACACAGGAUUUAAUUUUUCUCUAGAGUUUCAGAGGGAGGUUCUCCCUGGUCCACUGGAUAAUCUGGUCUGAAAAUAAAUGCAGUGAAUUUAAAGCAGCUUUUAAUAUAGAAUGCAAAGCACUGAAAAAGGGAAGCAGCAUUGUUCAGGAAUGUUUUUGCUACCAAAAAAAAAAAAAUACAUAGUUAAAUUAGACAUCCAACUUUUUAAAAAUGCCAUUUACAAUUAUAAAAAUAAAUAAUGACAGUAAAUCUGCAGCAAUGAAUCUUAUAUCUUCAUCACUACAAGUCUGACUUGUAAAUCUGUGGAAGGUAUGCUGCUGACACGUGAAGUUUGUUCAAUUCAUAAUUUUGACAACUGCUCUGCAGGCACAGCUGCAUUUUCUACCACUGCAGAUCGCAGAACAGCUCUCAUUGGGGUCAACUACUUUUCCUAAUCUAGUAACCCACUGGAAUGGAAGGCUGCCCAUUUCUCUCCUGUGUGGAUUAGAGCUUCACUUGUAAUAUUUUAAAUAGCAUUUAUCCCAGCAUUAUGUAUUUUAAAUAAAGAACAUCCAAGCAACAAGUAUCAACCAAGUUCCUCAACAGAGAAAAAAUGUUUGUGACUUAGAACUCAAUAUGGCUAAAGUGGGAUUCAUUUUUUUCCUUGUACAUAGGUUAGGUUUGGGUUCACUUUUUUAAUUUCUUCUUUUUUCCAUUACUGUGGUCAAAUGAAAAUGUCAUUUGCUUUCAUUACUGAUAUUAAGAGAUUAAAUGUAAUUCAAGUGGGGGGGGGGAUUGUUUUUUUGUUUGGUUUUUUUUUUUUUACUUUUAUCCAAUCAUUUGAGAUGCACUGAAUUAACGUUUUCAAAAAUCUCCAAGUAAUUGAGGAUCUUAACUCCCAAUGUUAAAACAGGAGUGUAUUUGUUACUUCUGGUAAUAAAAGAGUCCUAAAUCAGCUCAGUGGUAUUGAGCUGAGCUGGACCACUGGUAGGAUUUUCCAAAGCAGCUAGACACCUCUUAUUGAUUUCAAUGAGUCAGGCCCCCUAGACACUUCCCUAUAUAUUUAGCAGCCUAAAUACCUUUAAAAAUAAUCACCUCUGAAAACAGGAUUAGACUCUCUAAUCACUUAAGGCACUAGAAAAUAUUAUUUCCUUGUUUCUAAUGAAUGUGUACCUAUUUACAUCAGCUCAGGAUCUGUCCCCUUCUGUAUGGCAGUCAGUUAUACAUCUUUAAUGAAAAUUAAACUAUUUUUGGAGCAUGCCUGCAGCAAAAUAAAGACAACAGUGACAGAGGAUAACACAGGUUAGAGAAAGAGGAUACAGAUUGCAGGCAUGGUUAAAUAAUAGUUUCAUAGUUUCAUAGCAGGUAGGGUCAGGAGGGACCUGAACAUAUCAUCUAGCCUGACCCCCUGCCACAGGGAGGAAUGAAUGCUGGGUUCACAAGACCUUAAUAGAACCUUUAAGGCAAUUUUCCUAACAGUAAGGGCUGGAAGAUGAAGGUAAUAUUUAGUACUCAUCAAAAUUCCUUGGAAAAAGGGAAGUGCCACCCUCCUUAUUCCCUACUCUACAGACAUCCAACAGCUGUCUCUCUCCAAUAGGGGUGAAGUCUCACUUACAAGGAUCUCCAACUGGCCAGACAACAAAGGCAGCAAGAAAAAAAAGCCUGAAUUGUGUAGGCAACACACCAAGAAAAACGAAGGAAUUUAACAGGCAAUGGUGCAAAUUCCUAGGCAGAAGGAACAACCACAAAUGGCAUUUUUAUAUGUGAUUUGGGAUGUGGCACCGAGUGCAUGUUAGUGAGCUAUGCUAAUUAAAAAGUGCCCAUGUGUCAUGUCCUUGUGCUGAAAAAAUGGCAGCGGGGCGCUUUGAACUAAAACUCAAAUGUGUUUUAUUUCAAAGCACCCUGCCACUGUAUUUUCAGCGCAGGGACACCGAUACACAUUACAUGGAAGGCUGCUGGAGCACGUCAAUUUCUGUGCUCCAGCAAACUAUUAAUUGAGUCCGCUCCAACACUGGAUUUCCAGUGCAUCGGAUCAGGCUCCCCACAUGUCUAUAGAAGCCCACUGUCUCUGAAACUUGGUUGAGCUUCUAAACUGUAAGGAAGGCCAAGGAGCAAAAACAAAACUUACAUCAGCCAGAGCUCAAGCCAAAACAAGAGAGGGAAAAAAAAAGAAGUGUUGAGCUUCUUGAAACUGAGUCAUUUGUGGAAAUGCAAGAAAGCUAACACACCCAAUUCGUUCUCCCAAGUCCACUUAGGUAGCAUCAACACUUGCUAGCUCAGGUGUUAGUAUUGAUGAACCACUCAGGUAGGAGAGAAAUUAAAUCACUCAUCAACCAUCUACAGAUAUCAACAAGAGUUUUAACCACUUGCACGAAGCGGUUAAACAUUCUUGAAUUCACGUUCAAGAAUGGAAAACAGGAGAAAGAAGAAAAUGUCAGGCUAUAGAUCGAGAUGGGCCCAUGCUACAAAAAUAUCCAAGUCUGAUUCACAUCUUAUCAAAGUUCGAGCAUAUUCAGAGGAAAAUUUUGAGUUUGGUCCAUUGCAGAAUUAAAGAGCAGCUUCAAAGUUUCUCUCAACUUUCAGAGCUAUUCAGAUACAAACUUCUCAUUCAGGCCCCUUUUUCCUUCUACAGACAUGUGGCAGGGAAACACAAUGCUAACUUUAACUCACUUCUACAAAAUAAAUUGAAAGGCAGAGAAACGAGACUAGGCCCGAGCUAAACUGAUCAGCGAUAAUAAUACCAGAUGUCCUUACAGCCCUCUAGUUUACUCAGCGGAGAAACUGCAACAGUUUUAGCAUAGGUUAACAUUUUCCCACUGACUUUAUCAAAAGCAAGAAGCAACUUAACACUGUAACCAUCUUGUUCUCAAAAGACUCCAUGUAAGCAUGGCAGAUAAACAGAUAAACCCGCACAGACACACUACUCACUCGGGACUAGAUCUGGACCCCUCACUCAGGGAAAAAUGUUCACUGAACUGAGUUUUGCUUAAAUCAGGACUUCAGGAUCAGGUCCUUCAGUAGGUGUGCAUGUGCAUAUGGACUAGGAAUAGCAGGAAGAGAUUGCUUCCAAGCAAAAAGGAAAAGAAAACCCUGAGGUUUUCCAGUCAAGCAAUGUCUAUGUCCAAGAACAUAAUGUGGAUCUGACAAGUACCACGAUGUACCAGAGAGAUGGGGUGAAACGUGGUCAAGAUGUCCAGAAAGGUUUUCAAAGAUGUCCCUGGAGAAGGCAACAGCCCAUCAGACAGCUGUGCAUGUGCUAUAGCAUAUGUGAUGUGACUACAGUGCGACUUCUAAAAUGUCUCCAACUUGUUUUGUGAUGUGAAUCUGAUAUGACCCUUUAAUGAAUGCAAUCUGUUUAUACAGCCAUCCAAGAAGCAAAACAGAAGCAUCUUCUGCAAGUUUUUGCUUUUACCCGGAAUCAAACACAAGCCAAAAAACGUAUUAGAGAAGAUAAAAUUGUUCCAGUUUGAACAAAAAUUAAUUGCGAGAACACUGCUCUAGUGAAAGGGGCUUUGUUUAGGUUCCAAUGGCUUCUGUUUUUCAAUGAAAUGAUGACACCAGUUUGGGCAGCAUGAGCAGGAGUGAUUAUGGUACAAAAGUCUGCAUUAGAGCCAUGGUCAAUGUUUUUUAAUAUUAUACAUCUUAUCCUUGGUAGUGAUUUCAGUGGAUCCCCUAAAUUUAAGCCAAAUGACGAUCUAGCUUUACAGUUAGAGAUGUUCCCAAUUCAGAUCUUUGCAAAAUCUGCAGUGUGCGAGACAGGUGAGAUGAAGAGCUCCAAACUCUUUAUGUAAAUCCAGCUCACCCACAACACUGAAAAAUCAUAGCAACAAAUAGGAAGUCAGCUCAAGACUUAGCUGACAGGAUUUUGAUGCAAUCGCUCCAAUACCAUGUGACAAAAGAAACCUGGACAGAUGGAAUGUGCAAUUCAGUUCUCUGAAAGGCUCAGAAGAGCCAAAAGUUUUUAAAGUAACUUCUGGCAAUCUAUAAACUAUGCUAAAAAAAAAAAGAGGCUGACUGUAUAGCACGACAAAUGUAAUCAAGGAGGUGAGAGAAAUUAAUGUAUGGAACACAACUACAAAGUUGUCAUAGCCGACAUACACCUUUGUAUAAGUAAUGAUUAUGGGUCUGACCCAAAGCUCACCCAGUGGUCCUGGGAUCAGUCUCUCAGGAAGAUAUACAAAACCAUUCAGUGUGUUCUUGAAGUCUACUAACACUAAUACUUGAAAAAAUAAUGGAGCAGGUAUAAAUGGAAGUUAUGGCUGAAAUAACAGGAGGGAAAAUGUAGAUCACUGGACAGUGAACAUAUUAAAUAAAUGUCCCACAAGAAGCAGUAGGAAUUGGCAGGAAGAUAAGAAGAUUGCCUUUUAUGACCAAGUAACUAAAUCCUUGGAUGAUGGUAUCACUGUGGACGUAGUCUUUCUAGACUUUAAGAAGGCCUUUGACAUGGUCUCUCACCCCAUUCUCAUCAAUAAAUUAA